AUGGUUCUCUCGCAAGACAUCCUAAGCAGUCCCCGACAUCUCACCCUGCGACGAGCGCAGGAAGUCAAAGCAGCAAAUCUCGCUGCCUCAACAGAAGCUGCUGUCGCAACAGGUGACAAUGAGGUCCCGAACUUGAAAACCUUGAAGCCUGGCGAGGCGAUGCUAUACUCGUUUUUCACACCAAGCCUCGCCAGUGGUCGUUAUGAAGUCAAUUCGUGGCAGGAGAUCGUUGCGAAUGGCGUUCAACAGGAUCCCGAUACGACCAAGACCAAGAAGGUCUUUAACGUUGAGUCACCGCAAUAUACUCUGCCAGAAAAUCUCGUCCAUUCCAUCUACCCGCCAGAGGGAGCUGAGGCAUCGCCUACCAUCUUGCCUCAUGUCUUAUUCACGGAUCCUUUCUUCCCAUGGGAGCGUACGGCAGUGCCACAGACUCCAGAGGAACUGAAAAAGGACAAUCUAAGGAAGCGCGUGCCAUGGCUGGCCGUUCUUGUCUUCAGUGCUUCCGAGCUUCGGCUCGACAAGGACCAGCUCAUGGGUACAAGCAGCAUCUUCACCAACUCGGACCUUGCUAAGGAGCUGGGCACAACUGGCAACGUGAUUAAAAUGGACGUCAAUUGCGCCAUUGACAUGCCCGUCAGCGACUUCGCUCCUGGCAAAGUGGCCAAAUCCUGGUCUCCCGUGCCACUGUCAGCGAAGAGCGAUGAUCGAACCAAGGCCAUUUUUGUCCCAAGACCUCUAUUUACUCAGCUAAUCGCGACUUAUAACGAGCGCGGUGAGGAGAUUGUCGACCAGAAAUCGAUAGAUCUUAGUCGAUACACCUACCUUGCACACGUUCGUCAAUCGGCUGCAAAAGGCGCCAACUUCUCGUCGACCGAAGAUGGCUUGUUCAGCGUCGUUCACUCCCAUCGCGCAGCUCCACUGGACAAUCAACAAAUAUCGCGUGCUAUCGUCCACCUGGUUUCUCUUGAAGGUCUACAUGACAAGUCUCGCGCCGACUUUGCUUCAAGUGAUUACAUCAUGCUCUCAUCGUUAUACUCGUGGUCGUAUAACGUUUUGCCAGCGGGGGCACCCUCUGUAUCUGAUUCACUCAGGAAUCUGGGUGAUCAUUGCGCAGUACUCGGACCUCCUAAAGAAGUUAUUCAGAAAGCUGGGCAAGACACGUCAGAGAGUGGGCAGCGGAUAGCUGCGCGAUUGAGGGAUGGCUACACAAUCGUCAAAUACCGCACCCAAACCGGCGAAGAAACAGCUGCCAUUGCUCGCGGAGCAUGCAUUCCAUGUGUUCCUCCCAAGAAGCUCAGUGAGAACUGGACGUCUCUUUCUUUCAGCGGAAGUAACUUGCAAAUCUUGGACAAGGACCUCGGCCUCAUGGACCUGACUUACUCAAUGGCGUGGAAUCUUGGUCGAACGCUCGCACUCGCGGAUCGUUCUUUCACAAUUGCACUUUCGCGUCUGCGAUCAGUCAUUGCAGCGAUGGCUUUGAGACGCGGCAAGGAAAAGGAAAUGGAGAAGCAUGAUGCGUGGAAGUCUACCAAAGACACAAUCUCGUCGCUGGCAAAGUCUCUUCAGGUGCUUGCGGAUGCUGAGGCAGGCUCUCUUGCUCCCUCGUCGCAUGAUCAGCCCACAAGUGGUGCAACCGAAAAGCCCUUGACCCAACCUGUUGAUCUGUCUCUCGCCAAUCCAAGUAUUGUUUCUACCAUGAAAGACGUGGUCGACGAACACAUUCGCCAUCUCGCGGGUAGCGACGACGAGACUGGCGCACGACUAUACAACGAGCUCAACCUGCCAAGGUCAUCGGACUGGGUUACAGUCAUGACCUUUAUCAUGCACAGAAUGUUUCUCAUCGGAAUCCCUGCCCAAAAUCUGCUCGUUGAGCCGUCUUGGCUUCCAGCCGAGUCGCUUCGGUUCUUCUACAUUGAUCCACAUUGGGUAGAAGCGGUCAUCGACGGAGCCUUGGGAGUGGCGAACCAUAUUGAACGCAACGAUGAUAGUCUGCGAAGAUCUAUCAAGGGUAUUUUCAACAAAUAUUUCUCAACAGUAGAUCCCGAUGUCGGUUACAGGCCACAAGUGCCGACAUACGGACUAUUGCUUCGCUCAAAGAUUGUAAAAGACUUUCCGGAUCUGCUUAUCACGGCACCAAUUCCUUCUGGAUCGUCCAGCAAAGACGAUGGGCCGCACGCCGAAGAGCGAGCGGAAAUUCUACGACAAGAGAGGAUUGCCGACGAUGUGAUUCUGUGCCUUUUCGAUCGUCAGCCUGGGUCCAAGAGUCUGCAUACCUUAACGUUUACUCAGCCGGCGCACCAACAAUACUUUGCACUCGGGGAUACCCUUUCUGCUACGCAAUUGACUAUAUCCUUCACACGGACGUUUUCCAAACCGCGUGGAGAUUCGAAAUACGAGACUAUUGCAAAACAGACAUUCUAUGCUGAUGCUCAUACACAUCCAUCGAGACAAAUAUUCAUCUGGGGCCAGAACAGUGAAUUGAGGUUUUUGAACCUGACAGCCUUCGGAAAUGAAGUCAAGGAUAUCAUCCAGCACGAUGGCACUGAGCCUAAAACUUAUUUUGACGACGACGAAGUGACCUCAAGCCUGAUCGGAUAUCAAUUGGGUAGUCACGUCUAUCAACUUGGACUGACCUCGGACCGCCUUUCCUUGAACCCAAACGCAGAGACGAUAAGGCAUCCAAGUUUCAGUCUCAUGGAAGUAGACCCCACUGCAGAGAGGACAGAGUUCUUCCCAAAUGUUUCGACUUUGCAUGCAGAUCUCUCAUCAACAGAGUCACUUUCAACGAAAGUCAUUGCGGAUCUUCCACAAGAGGUUCCUCCUCACUUUCCAAGUCUGCUGUCAACAUUUCAGUUGUUUCCUGAGCGAGAAGAAAUAGAAUCAUUACCGCCAAUAGCUCCAGUCAGGAGGGUAGCUGCUAUGCGAUCUAUGGCUAUGUUAGCAUUAGCAUCUCCCGAAGACGCCGGGGGCGCCGGAAAGCCUCCGCCUUUCACUGUUAGAGUCUAUCCUCAGAUGUCUCCUUUCGGCGCUAUUCCUACCAAGUCCCCCUAUCCGCUCGAUCUCAUAUUUGCUAUUCGGAUCCCCGUCAUGGACUCAAAGAAACCCUAUAUGUACCCGCACCAACUUGGCCAAAUCACCAUCUCUAUUCCUAUGGGUCCCGCCAAUGAUCGUCAAAAUCCUGCUUUGCUCUCUUCCUACCAUGGUCCUGGACCGAGUAUGCUCCAGAACCUUCGCUUUAACGUUAUUGCAAGUCAAGGCACUGCUACACUCGAUCUCACACUUCUUCCGCGUUCGACCAAAGGUUAUGUAACGAUUGGGCACAUGCGAGAAUGCAGUUUUAUCCUGCCCAUGGUUACUGUGAAUGAUUACGAUGAUGAUCUAUAUAUCCCGAUCAAGUUUGUUGCGUCGUAUGUGCUCGGGGGUGAUCAGCCCAAAUCACCAAAACUGCAUCUGGUUCCGCAAGAUAAGACAGUGCCAGGUUCACCAGAGGGGGUAGAAUGA